AUGCAGUCGAAUAAAGCAGCUGGUAAUGGGGAGGACAGGCUAAGCGAGCUGCCCAGCGAUGUGCUUCUCAAAGGCCUUGAGACGGUCGAAACACAGUCAAAGACAGCAGCUGGUAACGGGGAGGACAGGCUAAGCGAGCUGCCCAAUGAUUUGCUGGUCAACAUCCUUGAGAGGGUGGGUACGCUUGAUGCUGUAAGAACCUGCAUCCUUUCGAAGCAAAUGCAGAAGCUGCCGACUAUGCUCUCGCAGAUCAUAAUUGAUCUCAGCAAUCGUGAUUUGAUUCAAAUGGAUGGUGUUGUGGCUGAUAUGACGGAGAAGAUCCUCAGCACGAGGUCUCCACAGAUCACCGUCCGCAAGCUGAAGCUCAAGUUCUUCCUGGUUCCCUCCCGCUGCCUCGCCAUCGGUAGAUCCGUCGGCCUCGCCAUGGCGACCCAGAAACUGGAGGCGGCCGAGUUCGAAAUCAUGACACUGAGGGACACCGACCAUUGCACCGACGCCCAUCGCCUGCUCUUCGCCAAGCAGUUGAACGAUUUUGUCCGCGAUUGUCCGGACGCAUUUGCUGGUCUCACGCAGCUGCAUCUGCGGAACACGAGGUUCGGUGAAUCGGACAUACCCAGCAUCCUCCGCCAUUGCAGGCGGCUAGAGUCCCUGUCUUUCCGCGAGUGCGACGCGGGGUUCCGCUCGGUGCUCCAUGUGGAACACGCUCGGCUCGUCGAGUUUGCUAUCACCUACGGGGAGUUUAAAACGGUGGUGCUUGACUGUCUGCCAAAGCUCCAGCGGAUGAGCUACAGGAAUUGGCCCUGUGAUGAGAACCCCUUGGUUCUUGGUUUUGUGCCUCAGCUUUCCAAGCUUAGCCUUGCUAAUGCGAACAUUUCGGGCAAGACCAUCAACCUAAGCCAGCUGCUUGCGAAUGCCCCCACUGUAAGCGAUUUGUACCUGGAGUUUCGUAGUGAAAAGAUUUGGCUUCGACCAGAAUGCACAAGAGUGCUUGCUCCCGUGCUUGCCAAACUUCGGUUUGUGAAUCUGGAUCUUCUUCCCGAAGAAUGUGAUAUCUCCUGGACAAUGUUCCUUCUUGAAGCCGCACCAUACUUAGAGGAGCUUUGCAUCACGGUAUGGGAUCAUAAGUGCCGGUCGGAGUCGCAAAAGAGUUUCUCCAAGAAAAUGGAUGUGAAGUGGGGGCCAUCCGAUCCUCAUUUUAGGCACAAGAAUCUGGGGAGGCUAAUUAUCCACGGUUUCCAGUCCGAUGGCAAUUUCACAGGAUACGUCAGGCGUGUCAUUCAAGCUGCGGCGAACAUCAGGGAGGUAUUCCUGCACGACAGGAAGGUGUGUCAAUGGUGUAUCGAAAAGUUUCCUCAUCUGGGGUUUCGUCCUUCUAGUUAUCCACGGACCAGAGAGGAUGCUGAUUUGUUGAGGAAGAAGAUGAUAGCAGAGACGGCGACCGCUACUCCCGAUAUUCACUUCCGCUCUUAA